AUGUCCAAGAACACAAGCAGCAAGGGCAAGGCGAAACCGGGAUCGAAGCCUCUAGGUACACCGCGGAGUCGCAAUACGACGCCCCUGCCCAACGUCCGCAAUUCAGUCGAGCCGUCGUCAUCGAAUUCUUACUUUAGGGCAAAUAUCAGUGCUCUGUCCAAGAAAUGCGAUGUCACCAUCGAGGACAUCCUAGAUCGUCCUGGCGGCAAUUCACAGUCGACCCAGCCAGUCCCCUCGAGCGCCCUGUUGAUUAGCAUGCGCGAGGCCAUUGAGAGCAAGGUGCUUGGGAACAUCCAAAAACGAUGCGACGUCUCCAACAGUGCGCUCAGGGAACUCCAGGGGCUCAAGAAGAACCGAUCCUCACACGAGCGGGAUAAGGAAAGAGCAACCGACAAAGACGCGGAAGAGCGCAAGCACAAGUUGAAAAAGAUCAAGAAGGCAGCUGCUGAAGACGAGCGACCGCUUGCAGUAGGCGCCCAUGGCGUUGCGCGGCAGGACGGGGUUGAUCUUCACAAAGCAGACAACUCUUCCACGUUAUCCUCGCCCACUUCUCAAGCAGCACCCUCAGCUGCUGGCGCUGGCGCAGCCGAUGCGCCCUCGCCCACCGACACCGACGCAUCACACCAGCCGCCGCCAGCUCCUGCAAUACCACAGUUCCAGACUUUCGGUCCAGAUCCGUCUAAGUUCGACGACCCAACUAUAUACCACAUAAGAGAUGUCACCCCUGGCAUGAGCGUGGAGGAGCGAAGGGAAAUAUUCAGCGUCGCUGAUUACCCUGAGAGUGAUCUUCGGGACCAGACAGCGGGUAUACCGCCAGACAAGGACUUCUCCAACGCAAAGCCCGCGACGCAAGUAAACGCCAGCGUGUUUGCGAAUUACGUUGAGCCGUAUAUACGCCGCUUGACAGAGGAAGACAUGGCUUUCCUGAAAGAGCGAGGCGAUCGCCUGAGUCCUUUCGUGCUUCCUAGGAGGGGUGCGAGACACUACAAGGACAUUUGGGCGGAGGAAGACGGGCAGUUGUACGCCGACAACAACGAUCGCCUGCCACCGAACGAGGCACGCGGCUCGUACGAAAACAUGACAGACGAUUUCUUGACUACAGAGGAUAUCUCGACCGGUCCCUUGCUGUCCCGACUCCUUGCUACACUCCGACCAGAGGGCCGAGGUACCUCAGGCAAUGCCAACGACACCAACGGCGUCAAUGGUGAUGCUAUGGACAUUGACGAGGGUGCUGGAGCAACUACCGAGAAUAACGACAACUCCGUACCAGCAGCCACACAGUUAUCCGAACUUGUACAACAAGGCUGGAAAGGGCCGCCCGUCGGCACGCGGACAGAUUACGCUUCGCUCAACGAACGCCUCCUUCUGGAACUCAAGCACAACGGUAUCAUCACCGACGCCGACACCGACAUGACAGCCUUCGAUUACGACUCUCACUUCGACGAUGAGAUCGCCGCCCGCCUACGUGUCCUCCAGGACGAACUUCGUAAACAGUCUAUCAUCAAUGGCGCACGAAAACAGCGCCUACUCGAGCUCACGGGCAUACGCGUAGCGCAGCAAGAGUACAACGACAUCGCGGAUGAUCUUGACGGCCAGCUUAACCAAGCGUACCUGAAGCGCAACCGGAACAUCGGAAAGGGGAAGAAGCAGACGAAGCGGCCUGGUGGUGCGGGGGGUGGAUCGCAUCCUGUGCCUAAUGCUGGGGUCACGAGGCCUGGUGUAGGCGAGCCCAUUCGUACGUUAAUGGAGAGGAGGGGUCAGUGGAGUGCGACGGUUGGGCCGGUGGUUAACUAUGGGAAAACGGGGUUGCCCGAGGAUACUAUCUUCCCGGAGGACAAGAUGAAGGAAUUGGAGAAUAAGGAGGUAGAAAUUUGGGAUAACGAGGCUGAUGAGUAG